ACGGUGGAAGAGCUUCAGGCUAAUAUCAAAAGCGAAGAUUGUGAUAUUUCCGUCGAUAUGUAGUGUGUUAUGAAUCAAGUGUAUUUACUUGUAACACAGUGAUGUCAUACAAAAUAACAUACAAAUAAAUAAUGUCAUCUCAAUUAACAAUAAUUUCCGUAUCUAACACACAAAUAUGGGGACUAGGAUCAAACCCUAUUGUAUAGGAAAUAUUUUUGGACCAAAUAAGUAACAAAAUGACUGAUCUCCCGAUUCAAUCACGAUUAAUUGAUGGCAAAAUGACAGGUGCCAUACUCGAUCGAACAUUUAUUCCAAAUGUAUUAAAAAACUUUAUGGUUCCACUGUAAAAACUUACAAAACAAUAACAUGCAUAAAUAGUUUGUUUGAUUAUUCAUUUCAAAGUACUUUUACAUAAUCAUCAAUGGAAACAUUAACUUGUUACAAUAUUCCACCAUGCAUCCACCACUUAUAGACUAUAGCAUUCACGAGUGGAGAAACAGACAGCGGCAGGUAAAAAAAAAAAAAAACAUGAUUAAAAGAAAUAAAAUGAAGUCCUGUUAAGACAUAAUUUGAACCAUUCAACUAAAUCAGUUGCAUUCGAGGAGUCACAGAGAAAUGAACGUUUGGAAAGGAAAAGUUUUAACAGAUGUACCUUUCGGUCAUGUCUUGAUAUUUAGUGGAAAAGUUAAACCCAAUCCAAUUAAAAUUUCAUUAGAUUUAACCGAUAAUAUUAGCGCAAAGAAUGAAAGUGAAACGGUUUAUUUAAAACUGGAGGCAAAUUUUCGAGAAAAUCAAAUUAUACGUUCCAUGUUUCAACCGGGUGAAGGUUGGCAACAGGAAGAAAUUUCGAAAAAUUGGAAAAAUGAAGGACCAAAAAAUCCUUUAAUGCCAGGUCAAAUAUUUACGUUUCGCAUUGCAAUUUUACAAAAAUGUUUUGAAAUUUAUGUAAACGAUAAUAUUUAUGGAACAUUUGAAUUUAUUAAAUUUCCCAAACAAAUUCAAUACGCAAUGAUAUAUGGUGAUUUUGAGAAGAUAACACAAUUUCAUCAUCGUAUGUUAUAUCCACUAGUUUUUCCAAAAGGUUUAAUAUGUCCCGAAAGAAUUGCAUUCCAAAGUGAUGUUCCCAGGAAAUAUGAAGCAGGCACCGUAGUUGCUAUGGAAUGCAUUGUAAAGGGUCCACCUAAUACUGAGUUUUCUAUAUGUUUUGUGUGCAAUGAUAGCGGUCGUAUUGUUUUGAAAUUUCAUGUCAAUUUCGAAAAGACCGCAGUUGUACGCAGCUAUCAAAGGGAGGAUAAUAGUUUCUGUUCGGACGAUGAAGAAACAGAUGGUGAAUUUCCCUUCCAACGUGGCAAAUUAUUUAAAAUCGCUUUUGGCGUUGGUGACCGAGCAUUUAUUAUAGCCGUUAAUGGUCAAUAUUUUACCUACUAUAAUUAUCCAUUCCGUUCCUUCUCGAUUUCAACUUUAAAAUGUUUAACAAAUAUUGUUGGUGAUUUUACGGUUAAAAAUAUCGAAUAUCAUUCAGAUUCUCCAUUAUUGGAUCGUGUUGAAAAAUUGUCUUUGAUUUAGAAAUUAGAGGGGUUUGUAGUAACUUAUGGUUAAAAAUGUGCACAUCAUAAAACUUUUAGGAGGAACAUAUUUUUAAUGAAUUAUAAUGUUUAAAUUGAAAUAAGUGAAUAUUGCAUUUAUAUACGUUAGCUCCGGAAUUAGCUAUUUUUGCUCCGAUUUGCACAAUAGAUUAUUAUAAUCAAAUAUUGCAUAUGUGUAAAUGUCAAGUAUUAUCUAUUUCAUUAAAGCGUAUGUAAAUGAAACUUAAAUUUAAGUUCAUUAAGAAUACAUUUAUUCAAUAUACAGCAUAACCGGACAUUAUGGAGAAAUAAAA